UGGUCAUGUGUGUUUUGAAAAGUUUACAGUACCGGGACGGAGCAGGCGGUCUGUAACAUCCAGAUGCUCUUCAGGGAACAUUUAUGCGCUUUAACAAGCCCUCUGUUAUUUGACUAACGCGUUUAUUUAAACGGUUGCUAGCUUUAGAUAACGUCAGCUAGCCUUCUUUGGCUAACAUUAGCGUCAUUGUAUCGAUUUUACGUAUAACUGUCACGUAGGGAACAGUAGUAACGUUAGUAGUAGUAACGCUAUUUGUGUUAUUAGUAUCGGUUGAAUCAAAAUUAUAAUUACGACUAAGUGAAAGCAGAAGUGUCGUUAAAAUGGUGUUUUUCACCUGCAACGGCUGCGGUGAAUCCCUGAAAAAGGCUCAGGUUGAUAAACACGUGAACAUGUGUCGGGGCUGCCAGGUCUUGUCCUGCAUCGAUUGUGGAAAAGACUUCUGGGGUGAUGAUUACAAGAACCACAACAAAUGCAUCAGUGAAGAUCAGAAGUAUGGAGGUAAAGGCUACGAGGCGAAGGCAAACAAAGGAGAUGUGAAACAGCAGCAGUGGAUCCAGAGAGUCCAUGAAGCCAUGAACAAACCUGGCGUCAGUGCGAAACUAAAAGAUGUGCUUCGACAAGUCAGCUCGUAUGAUAACGUCCCCAGAAAGAAGGCCAAGUUUCAGAAUUGGAUGAGAAACAGUCUUAAAAUUGCCAACACCAGUCUUCAUGAUGAAGUGUGGGAAGUCCUCGCUGCAGCUGACAAUCCUCCUGAGGCUCCCCAGCAAACUAAAGAAGCUAAACAGACAGUGGCUGAAGUCAAAGUGGAUACUAAUGGAAAUGAAAAGCCCAACGGACAGCCAGAUGUCGAAAAGAAGAAACUGAACAAACGAGAGCGAAAAGAGGCCCGUCAGCAGAAGAAUGGGAAGGCUGCAAAAGGGCCUGAAAAGAUUGCUGCUGAGGAGCCAGAAGAAGGCAAAAAGAAGAAAAAGGACCGAAAGAGAAAACGCUGUGAGGAAGAUGGAGAUGAAGAGCAGAACGGUGCUGAAACUGAGACAUCGAACAAAAAAACAAAGACCACUGACCAAACAGCAGAGGCUGCUAACACAUCAGAGGAGACUGAGGAUCAAGAAGUUCCCAAAGGCAAAUUCAACUGGAAGGGAAAUAUCAAGGCAGUACUGAGAGAGUCAGAUGACCAGGAACUGUCAGUGAAGAAACUCAGGAAGAAGGUUUUGGCAGCGUACUACUGUUUCCAUGGUGAUGGAAGUUUUAAAACGCAGGAGGAGGUGUUAGCCCUUUUCAACAAGAAGAUCAACAACAAUCCUAAAUUUAGAGUCUUGAAGGACAGAGUUAGACUUGUAAAGUAGAUCUGUUUAUCUCACCCGUCUGGCAUGAAAUGUAUGUUGUUCAUAGACUUUUAAAAUUUAAAAACCAUUUGUUGUCUGCCAUCCUCUCUUGGUUGUUUUUGUACAGAUGACCUAAUCUCAAAGAUUAAAUACUUUUAUUACUGAA